AUUGGCAUUCCACCCACGAAGAAACAAAAAUGGUCUCCCAAACCGACAUAACCCACCUCAACCGCUGUAUAGCCCUCGCCAACGAAGCCCUGGUAGCCGGCGACUCCCCCUUCGGCUCGAUCCUCGUCUCGUCCAACGGUACGAUCCUAAACGAAGAGCGCAACCGGAUCAUCACCACAAACGACGUAACCGCCCACCCAGAACUCCGCCUCGUGCAGUGGGCGCAGAAAACCCUCUCGCCCGCCGAGUGCGCCGCGAGCACAGUCUACACCUCCGGCGAGCACUGUCCCAUGUGCGCGACUGCGCAUGCGUUUGCGGGGAUGGGGCGGAUUGUGUAUGCGGCUUCGACGGAGCAGCUGGUGCAGUGGAGGAGGGAGUGGGGGGUCCCAUUAGGGCCCGUGGCGCCGCUGGGGAUUCGGGAGGUGGCGCCGGGGUUGGUUGUUGAGGGGCCCGUUCAGGAGGUUUGUGGGAGGGUUAGGGAGUUGCAUCGGGUUAAGCAUUUGGGCGGAGAGAUUGAGGGCUGA